AAUGUUUGUUAACAAAACUUCAAAAUAUAAUGCACUGUAUAUUUUCGUUGGUGAAAUGACAAACAUUCAGGGACCUGUAUUUGAUUGCAGCCUCGAGGUCUCAUGGGAGACCAUCUGAGUACGUGGCCAAGUAUACGUAAAAUGUAGACAAGCACUUCAUUAGUGGGUGAUGUAGUUUCCAUUGUAUAGUAUUGAGAGUCACAGAAAAAAACAAAAACUUAUGCUCAAUCUACGACAAAUGUAUAACGACUUUAUUGAGUUGCAGGAAUGUCCGAAAGCAUGGCAAUAAGACUGAUUAUAUUUCUCAAGAAGUCUUUCUUUACUAUGAGAUUCCAAUGAGGAGAAAUGCAGCAACAUCUGGACUGUAUGCACCUUGCAAUGUACGCCAUUGCCAACAAGACCUUUUGCCGAGUAUCAGAGCUCGUUGUGUCAGCUGGAAGUCUGACAAAGUCUCAGUCAAAACAUUAUUUACAUACUUAAUUAAGGAUUGACUCCUGUAAUUCAACGCGAUGACAGUCUUAGAAACUACAUUAUGGUAGUUCUGGAGAACUUUCGGGACAAGAUGCCCACAGGAGUUCCCGAACUAAAGAUACCGGUACUUGACCCUCUUACGAUAGGAGACAUAAAAGAGAAUAUCAAAGAGGGUAUUGCACAGGUUGAAAUAAACAUUCAAAACUUGCAGGUGUUUGGACUCUCUGGUUUCAGUGUCCCAAGUUUAGACGCAGACCUUCAAAAUCUCAAGAUAUCUUUCAAGCUUAAGCUGCCCUUCUUAAAAGCUACUAGCAACAAAUACAAGCUGGACGGCAAAAUUGCUGGAAUAUUUCCUUUGUAUGGAGAUGGUAAAGCAACUAUACAAAUAGAUAAUUUAGAUAUUUCUCUAGAUGGUGGCCUUACAGUGACCACAGAUGGCUAUCUUCAACUAGCUGAUGAUAUGAUGGUCAGCAUUAGUUUCAACAAAGUUAGUAUUAAAUUGGAUAAUAUUUUAGGGGGAGGCAGCUUUGGUGAUGUCAUCAAUGCUCUUUUAAGCUCAGUAGGGAAAAUAGUUUUUGACAAGUUUAAGCCUAAGAUUAUGAACGAGUUGAAAAAGCAGAUUAUUAAAAGUGCCAAUAAUGAACUUGGUAAACAUAAGUUGGAAGACAUUAUUGCAGGGAAGAUUCCAAUCAGAAAGCUAUGAUAUAAUGCUUUUCUCAUGGCAUUUCUAUCUAUAAAACAUAACUUUCUCAAGUAUUGUAAUAAACAUGAUUAUUCUAGUAAUAUCAAUAAUCUUGUAUUAACAUAUGAUCAAAGCAAGUUUCCUAGAUAAAUCAGAACGAAAAUCGUAACACAAUAACGAACGUAGCUAAUUGAGAUUCACAUAAGUCCUAAGUACGUACACUAGGUAACAAUACAAUUUCAUUCUCAUUAUACAAAUAUAUAAAAAACUCAUAUAAUAGGUGUUGAUUUAAACUGAUUUACUUUCAUUAAUUUUCAAGAUAUUUUAAAUAUGACAAUCAAAAGGCAUCUUUGAUCAUGUUUACCCAAAUAAAGCAUAUGCUUGUUAUACUUUGAUUUAAAUAAAUAGCACUGAGACCAUGCUGUAAUAAGGUUUGUGUUCAGUUAUAGCAUGAAGUUAUGAAACCACAUUCGUUUACUUCUGGAAUUGAGUAUGAGAGAUCAUAGAAUUGUGACGAUAACUAAUGAACUUUCAGCUGUGUAAACAUUUUUUGAAAAUGAAUCAUAGAUUUAAACACACCAAAAAUGGAAUAAAAGACUUUAUAUCUCCA